AUGGAGCCGCCACCUCCGCCGCCGCCCCCCCAUGGCUCAAACCAACACGGCGGCCGCUCAGGCGGGCUCCCAGAUGGCAAAUAUGACAUUUUUGUCAUUCCUCCCCACUCCUCCGGCUCUGGUUUCCUCUACUUGCCCUCCUUACAGACUCAGCGCAACAGCUUCCUGGCUGGCUGCUUCUGCACCGCCGCAUCCUUCUUUAUCUACACCACCGCCGUCCCCGUCAUCAAAGACUGGCUGCUCACCACCAUCAAUGGAGGAGGCGGAGGCGUCCUCAUGCUCAUCUGUGGCAUCGCCGUAGUCGCUUGGGCUUUUGGCAAAACACAGGGCGAAUGGGCACACUCGUCCACCGGCGAGAGCUCGCGGGCCAACACGGGCUCAGGCGAUCGUAAGGGACCUAAUUCAUCGCACUACGCCACUGGCGCACCACCGCCCCAGACACACACUCCUCCACCUCAGUCUCCCCCUCCGCCGCCACCCAAUCCCAAUCCUGGCCCCAGUAACCCUCCACCCCAAUCUUCAUGGCAAAGGGCACCCCCGCAAGCCAAUACCAAGGCAAACACCACAGGCACCAAGUCCAGCUGGGAGAAGGCUCGAGAGGAAACGAGAAAGAGAGAAGAAGAACGCAAGAGAGCGGAAGAGCUCAAGAGACGGAGGGAAGAACUCGAAAAGGAACGACAGAAACAGAGAGAAAAGGACGCCUCGGAGCGACUUGAACGUGAACGGAAGGAGAAGAAGGAGAGGGAGGAAAAGGCCGCUGCCAUUGCUGCCGCCGCCAUCAAAGCCGAAAUGGAGAAGGAGAAGGAGAAGACCAGAGCGGAGGCUCAAGCCCUCGCUGAUGCAGCAGCCAAGGCUCGAGCAGAAGCCCAGGCUCACGCCCCAGCCUCACCAAAACGGCCCCCCAUGCCAUCUGCCAGGACCGAGCGAGAGGACGAUGCCUACUCCUUCCGACCGUACGACCGGCCGAAACAGACCCACAAAGCAAACUCUGCCGCCUCGAUGUAUUCCGAGUCCUCAUACGCGCCCUCACAGAGCACGGCCAGGACCACCCCUCCUCCUUCGGCGCGAGGACCCUACUCCACCAAAGACCCCGACAAGAUAAUCUUGAAAGGCGUCUUCGCUUUCAACAAUGCUUUCAUGCGUACGCCCGUCUCCCAAUUGAUAUCAGGUCAAGGUAAUGUGACCGAUGGCCUGAUCCUUCGCAUCACGACCGAGGGAUUCUUCAUAGAUGAUGAUGUUCGAGGAGUCGCCCAACGCGAGUGGGAUGUCAAGGCAUGGACGAUGAAGCUCGCAGAGAUUGUUUCACAGAGCUGCGAAAUCAACGGAAUGCAUGUGCUUCGGGCAACCAUCAGAGAGCAAGAAGGUCGAAAGUAUGUCUUUAUCCUUUCUCAGAGCGAGGGAUGGAAGGUAGCCGUUGGCCUUCAGCGACUACGACGAGGCAACAUAGUCCAAGCGAUGGGCGUUGCCGGCCUUCCGCAAAAUGAAGCCAAAGCAAUCCUCCAAAAUCUCGGCUUUGCAUAA